CUGUGAUGCUGACAACGAGGAAUGCUGAGAUCUAUUCUAUUCGUCUUCUACCUAACAUCCGUCAUCUAUAUGAUCGUAACCAUACGCACUGAAAGAAGUAGCAAAAGUACAGCAACGUCUCUUUGAGAAACUCUUACUCGGUACUCCUACGACUCCGUACUCCUACACCAUCUCAAGUCGAUCCCCCAGUUAGGAUUCGACGAAUACAACUGGUCGUACGACUCCUGCCUACUACUAGUCAUCCCAAACCACCAAGUCAACAACAUCGGUUUCAUACCUAGGUAUAUUUCGCAUUCUUAGUAAACAGGCGAAAAAUGUCCAACAAGACCACGACCACGACCACGACCACCCUGGCGCCUCCCCCAUCCAACGCAUCCGUGCUGCUCUCCAACCCUGGCCCACAUGUCCUUCUGGUCACCAUCAACCGCGAACGGCAGAUGAACAGCAUCCCCUUCACUGUCCACUGGCACCUGCACCGGGUGUUUGAAUGGUUCGACCGCGAACCGAGCUUGCGCGUUGCCGUCGUCACGGGCGCCGGGAGCAAGGCGUUCUGCGCGGGCCAGGACCUGAUCGAACUCGGCAAGCGCGAUCCCAAGGAGCUCGAGGAGAAGCCUUACAUGGCCAUGCACCCUCCCACCGGGUUUGCGGGGAUUUCGAGAAGACUGGGCAAGAAGCCCGUCAUUGCGGCGGUGAACGGGUUCGCGUUGGGUGGUGGGUUUGAGAUUGUUCUUAAUUGUGACAUGACCGUGGCCUCCCCAACGGCGACCUUCGGCCUCCCGGAGUCCCUGCGCGGCAUCUACGCCGGCGCCGGCGGCCUCCCUCGACUCGUGCGCAACGUCGGCCUCCCGCUGGCCAGCGAGAUCAGCAUGGCCGGCCGCACGCUGUCCGCCCAGGAAGCCCUGCAAUUCCAGUUGAUCAACCACAUUUCGUCGACGCCGUCGAGUGUCGUGGACGAGGCCGUCGCCCUGGCGGCCAAAGUCGCCAAUAUCUCGCCCGACGCGAUCAUCAUCACGCGCGCCGCCAUCCGCGAGACCUGGGAGACCGCCAGCGUCGAGCGCGGGUACCAGCUCAUCGACGAGCGCAUGAAGCGUGGGCUGAUGGAGGGUGAGAAUGCGAAGGAGGGACUCGCCGCGUUCAGGGAGAAGAGGAAACCUGUUUGGAAGGCUAGUAAAUUGUAGCCCUACCUAGGUAGCUUUGGCGCUGGUGACGAAAAUAGGGGGGCCGGGAGGUGAAGAUGGGUGAAGGCCUUCUUCCUUCUUCUGUCAAAACAACAGGCUUGAAAAGAGGUCAAUUCAAUACCACGUUUUUUUCGUUGAUUGCGAAUCAAUGAAUCGAGUUUGUGUGUAGUUUUCCGAUCUUUGACCUGUUCAGGUUCUUCUUGC